UCUCUUUUCAGUUGCUGCAAAGAUUGGGUAGUCAGGCAGGCUUGAGUGUUUGUUCAGAUGAUUCGACAUUCUCCCUCUGCCUUAUAAGACGGGACUCUGCGUUAGAUCUCGACAAGAGGUAGGUAGUUUAGUUUGAGCAGCCAAAGGUUGUCUCACUCCCGGAAAAUCACAGCCCAACUCUCUCUCUCUCUGGUUGCUAGAAAUAGAGGCACUGAACACUGAUAAAGCUGCAAAGGAUCCCAGGAAUGUGCAGCCUGCAAGCAGUCAUUUCAGUACAUAACAGGAACUGAACAGUGGUGCCAGAUGUAUCAUCAGCAACAGCAACAACUCCACAGCCAUAACCAACACCCGUCCUCAAGGUCUAGCUUACCUCCUGAGAAGCAGUUUCUCCUGCAAGGAGGAGGAGAUUCAGGGCUCGUCCUCUCCACUGACGCUAAACCUCGGCUGAAAUGGACACCCGAGCUGCAUGAACGUUUUGUGGAGGCAGUAAAUCAGCUAGGAGGGCCUGACAGUGAGUAUAUAUAUGAUCGAAAAAUAUAUGUCAUACAUAGCAGAAACACAGUGAUGGUAGAUUACAUUCUGAAGUCCGCAUGCGGAACUCUUGCAGAAGCUACGCCGAAAACAAUUAUGAGGCUCAUGGGGAUACCUGGGCUAACCCUGUACCAUCUUAAGAGUCAUCUUCAGAAGUACAGACUUAGCAAGCAUCUCCAAGCUCACGCUAAUGCUGUCAAUGCAAAGAAUGUAUUAGGCUGCGGGAUGUCAACAGAUAAACCAUGUGAAGGGAAUGGAUCACCAUCUAAUUACUCAAACAUAGAGCCCCAGAUAAACAGGUCAAUGCACUUAAGCGAAGCCCUCCAAAUGCAAAUAGAAGUUCAGAGACGGCUGCAUGAGCAACUAGAGGUGCAGAGACAUCUGCAGCUUCGGAUCGAAGCGCAGGGCAAGUACCUGCAGUCGGUGCUGGAGAAGGCGCAGGAGGCGCUUGCCAAGCAGAGCAUCGAUGUUGAUGAUGGCCAAGAAGUAGAAGCUGCUGCCGAGACGCAGCAACUGUCUGAGCUGAUGUCGAAAGUCUCGGCGACGAAACGCCUUCAACACGAGCACCUCCACCACCAGCAGCAGCAGCUCGGCGUCGGGGACGGAUCGGUGGACAGCUGCCUGACCGCGUGCGAGGGGUCCCAGUCCCAGAGGGACCAUGACAUGCUGUCCAUCGGCCUGUCUGCUCCGACUCCGAGAGGCUUGCCGUCUGAGGCGGCGAGGUCAGGCAACGACAGAGGAGGAGCAAGCACGAGCCGCGAGGAGUACCUAUUUCUUGAAGAGCCGAGCAGGAGACCUGCUUCGGAUGAGCAACAAGAGCUGGAUCUCAACAUCAACGGCAUAAGCAGCAGGCGGCCUCGCGAUCGUGGAAAGAUUGACCUGAAUGGGUCGAGCUGGAACUGAUCAUGCAGGCAAGGCGAGGUCUCUUCCUCCUCGUAGCAGCAAGGGCAAGUGAAAAUGGACAGUUCUUCCUUCCUAUGAGUGACCAAAUUAAAGCACGAACGAGAUGAGGUGUAAAAUUGCCAUGUCAACCAUUAAUUUGUAGUAAGAUCUGGGUAGAACUACUAUGGACUAGCUGUGUUAGUUGUCGGUUAUCAUGGCAUUGCGGUGCAGCAAAUAACACCACACGGUGCUUUCUCGAUGAGGGCAUUCGAGAACCGCAGGCAGAUGUAUGUUCUCCUCUGACACUAUUUUAACUGUAGACCUGUAUGUUAGGGUAACUCUAGUGGAUGGAUCGGUAGAGCUUGCAGAUCAUCUGGGAGAAGAAGAAUGCGCGAGGAAGAAGAAGCUAGA